AUGGACACUGGGUCCACUCCAUUGGCCAGGCUACCCGAUGACAUCACUGAGGCAAGGCGGAUAGGCAGAACCCGUCUGUGGGGCGAACAGGAGGACGACCAGGCGGACGGGGCUUCUCUGGAGGUCGGCCACGGAAGCGAGGAACGCUGCGGCCCAGCGGGAACAGGAAGCGAGGAACAGGAAGCGAGGAACAGGAAGCAAGGAACAGGAAGCAAGGAACAGGAAGCGAGGAACGCUGCGGCCCAGCGGGAACAGGAAGCGAGGAACAGGAAGCGAGGAACAGGGAGCGAGGAACAGGGAGCGAGGAACGCUGCGGCCCAGUGGGAACAGGAAGCGAGGAACAGGAAGCGAGGAACAGGGAGCGAGGAACAGGAAGCGAGGAACAGGAAGCGAGGAACAGGGAGCGAGGAACAGGAAGCGAGGAACGCUGCGGCCCAGCGGGAACAGGAAGCGAGGAACAGGGAGCGAGGAACAGGGAGCGAGGAACAGGGAGCGAGGAACGCUGCGGCCCAGUGGGAACAGGAAGCAAGGAACAGGAAGCAAGGAACAGGAAGCAAGGAACAGGAAGCAAGGAACAGGAAGAUCCCCCAGAUGCAGAUCCCCGUGAACUGCCCCUUCAGGACCCGUGUGACCAACUACCAGCGUGAUGGACCGAUGUGCAUGUUUGACAACCAAGGUGGAGCUCCAAACUACUAUCCCAACAGCUUCAGUGCCCCAGAGCAGCAGCCUCAGUUUGUGGAGUCCAAGUUCAAGGUGUCUCCAGAUGUGGCGCGUUACAACAGUGCAGAUGAUGAUAAUUUCACACAGGUUCGCACCUUCUACACGCAGGUCCUCAACGAAGAGGAGCGCCAGAGACUUUGCCAGAACAUGGCAGGGGCCCUGAAGGGAGCCCAGCUCUUCAUCCAAAAACGCAUGCUUGAGAACUUGAAGGCUGUCCAUCCCGACUAUGGAAACCAGGUUCAGACCCUUCUCAACAAGUACAAUGCGGAGGCCAAGAAGAACACAGCUGUGCAUGUGUACAGCCGUCCAGGAGUCUCAGCUAUGGCUGCAUCCUCCAAGAUGUGAUGACUUAAAUGUCCACCAGGGGCGCCACUUCCAUUUAUCUUAUAGCAAAUGCACUUUCGUGAUUACCAACUGCU